CUUCUAAACAGACUCAGAUCAUAAAAGUUCGCUUCACGUGAACUUCAACGAGUAAAAAACUGAACAGGAUUAGCACGUUUCUAUAAUCUGAACCAUGAUGAAGCUUCACGAGGACAGAGGAUGGAUAAUCUGGCCUGAAGAGAUGUGAAAUGUUCUGAUCAAAACCCUCACUGCAUAACUGUCGGCUUCUUCAGGUGACCGGAUUGUCUCGUGUGUGUGCGCGUGCAUGCGUGUGUGUAUGAGUUGUCAGCUGAUGCGCAUGGUCCUCAGUAAAUCAUAAUCUGCUGUGCGCUCGGAGCUCCGGCGCAGAUCAGCCUGAGCAUCUAAUGCGCGUCCAGUCCGACAUGUGGCCGCGCGCAUGACCCGGCUAUGAGUAACACCACCGCCUUGGUGCAGGUUGGAACUGCCAGCCCAGUGGAGCUGCCGGCGCACCGAGCCUUGACCGGCUGCGUCUUGGCUCUGCUCAUCAUUUGGACACUUUUAGGGAACUUCACUGUGUGCGCCGCCGUUUCCCGCUACCGCCAUCUGCGCGCCAAGGUGACCAACAUUUUCAUCGUGUCUUUGGCUCUGUCGGAUCUCCUAGUCGCCGUGCUGGUGAUGCCAUGGAAAGCUGUAGCCGAAGUGGCCGGAUUCUGGCCGUUUGGAAGCUUCUGCAAGACCUGGCUGGCCUGCGACAUCAUGUGCUCCACUGCCUCCAUCCUCAACCUGUGCGUCAUCAGCGUGGAUAGAUACUGGGCCAUUUCCAACCCGUUCCGUUACGAGAGGAGCAUGAACAAGAAGGUGGCGUUCGUCAUGAUUGGGAUGACCUGGACUGUUUCCUUGGUGAUCUCUUUUGUCCCGGUGCAGCUGGACUGGCACCGGGCGGAGAUCGGUGACCUGAGCGGUCAGGGUUUGAUGCCACUGGGUAAAAGCGCAGAUGGGAGCUGCGACUCCAGCCUGAGCCGCACUUACGCCAUCUCCUCCUCCCUCAUUAGCUUCUACAUCCCUGUUGUUAUAAUGAUUAUCACAUACACCCGCAUCUACCGGAUAGCCCAGACUCAGAUCAGAGUGAUCUCCUCCUUGGAGCGAGCUGCGGAGCACGCGCAGAGCUGCAGAUCUCACAUCCCUGAAUUAUUUCCCCACAUGUGCACCGAACUUGGAGCGAAUGGAAACUCCUAUCAGUCCCGCAUAAGUCUUCAAGCAGACUCUCCCUGUCCCAGGCAGUCCCACAGCGAGCUCAAAGUCUCCAUCAGGAAAGAGACAAAGGUGUUGAAAACUCUCAGCAUCAUCAUGGGUGUCUUUGUUUGUUGUUGGCUUCCAUUCUUCAUCCUUAAUUGCGCUCAGCCCUUCUGUCCGGGGCCCCGAGCUCCAGGAGCCCACCGGGGGCCUUAUUGCGUCAGCGAAAAAACAUUCGAUGUGUUUGUGUGGAUCGGAUGGAGCAACUCUUCCCUCAAUCCAGUCAUUUACGCGUUUAACGCGGACUUCAGGGACGCCUUCCUGCGCCUGCUGCGCUGCCGCGGACGCGGCUUUUUGGCUGUGGUGAGCGCAGCGGUGGAGACCAUGUUUGCAAGCAACGACACAGGACAUCACAGGCGGGAAAGCUCUCUGGUGACCAAGCUGAGCGUCUCCACAAACGCCAGAGGAAGCCAGGACAGCGGGAACACCACGGUGGCUGUGUUUUACCACAGAGGGGCUUUAUCAGAGCAAAUUCUAGAUACCGAGGAGCGAUUUGAAGAAGACAAAAGGACAAAGAUUCCCAAAUAAAAAGAGAUUUAUCGCUGCGCAAUACUGAUGGACUACAUUCUUUUGGGAUUAUUGGUCAUGUUUGACAAACAUUAUCAACUACUUUCAAGAGUUUUCAACCAAAUAAUUUGACAAAGUAAAGCUUCUCAUAGCCAAAUACGCAGAUGUGCACCAAAGGCGGCUAAGACCAAACCCCACAAAUCAUCCAUGACCAUGUAUGUAGAUGUUCUUGCAGAAGUUGUAACUUUUCCUUGUGAAAAGUCAAUUCCAGUUCGAUCACAUUAGAUCUCACAUUUAAGACGAAUGCACUAAUUAUUUAAGAGAGAAACAUGUGAGACAUGAUAAACCAAGGUUUUGAUAUGAUGGAGUGCUGUCCUGAAUAAAAUUUAGAAUUUAAGACGUCUGACUUUUUCUAAAUCUCUGUUUCAAAAAAAAAAAGAUUGUUGGAUGUCCAGUUAUUCAUUUUUCACCUUAUAUUUUGAGCUCGAUCAACUCUUCUCCUUGAGUAACCCUCAUGACCACACCUCCCCCCUGCUGCGUGGAUCAAAGACUCAAUCAAAAAACUCCUGCAGGCCCCCCUUAGCGUUACACAGCACUUUUACUUGCCUUGUUUUGCUGACUGCAAUUACAUUGUCAGGGAGCAGGAUUCAAAAAUAAAAG